AGUGACAUAGAAUUGUUUUUAUUUUUUUAAAGGACGAGUAGAAAAUGAGAUGAUUCACCAAUUCCUCAGAAAAAUCGAUUGUUGUUAAAAUUAAUUAGUGUAAACCUACUAAUUCAUUGUAAGAAAUUGCGUUUAAACUAGAAGUAGGUGUUGAUUCUUAUAAGAUACCUAAUACAUUCUCGACAAAACUCGAAAAUUGGAUAAAAAUGGAAAGUAAUUAUCUCUCCUAUCAGAAUGGGGGACAGGUUAAGGAACAGGAUUUUCAAAAACUCACACAAACAAUUGGAACCAGUAUCCAAAAAAUAUCACAAAAUGUUUCAUCAAUGCAAAGGAUGGUUAAUCAGAUUGGUACUCAUCAGGACUCUCCUGAGUUGAGAAAACAACUGCAUUCAAUUCAACACUAUACUCAACAGCUGGUGAAAGAUACAAAUGGAUACAUCAAAGAUCUCAGCACAAUUCAGCCUUCGUUAUCUCAGUCCGAGCAAAGGCAGAGGAAAAUGCAGAGAGAGAGAUUACAAGAUGAAUUCACAAGUGCUUUGAAUAUGUUUCAGCAAGUACAGAGGAGCACAGCUUCCAAAGAGAAGGAACAAGUUAAUAAAGCUAAGGCUCAAGUCUAUGGUGAACCCCAUCUCGCUGGAUAUAUGAAUAAAGAUCGACAACUUAUUGAAUUGCAAGAUUCAAGACAACAGUUGCAGUUGCAAGAUGAAGCUGAUUUGAGAUCCUUAGAGGAACAGGAACAAUCAAUUAGGCAGUUAGAGAGUGACAUAAAUGAUGUGAACCAGAUAUUCAAGGAAUUAGGUGCACUGGUCCACGAACAAGGCGAAACUAUUGACAGCAUCGAGGCUAGUGUGGAAAGGACCAGUGAUUUUGUUAGUCAAGGGGCUCAGCAGUUACGUGAAGCUGGUACUUAUAAGAAUAAAGUCAGAAGAAAGAAGCUCAUUUUGGCCAUCAUUGGUGCUAUUAUAUUGAUCAUUAUCAUAGUAAUAAUCAUUUGUCAGUUGAAAUAAAUUGAAGUUGGUAGAAAUAUGUUAGUCCGAAACUUGAUUGGAUCUUUGGAGGAUAGAAAGGAGACUGCGUUUUUGAAUGGACUGGUGGAACUGCAUCGAUACUGUCAUUCAAAUUGUGUCCAACCAUCAUCACUCAUGGAAAGUUUAUAUCUGCAAGGAUUUCCCUUAUUUCUGAUAUCAAUUGCCUCUUUGGAAUACCCAAAUAAUGAAGUUAUGGCUUCACAAUAGUUUUAGUAGUAAUUUCUUUUGGGGAACAAUUCAUAUUAUGUUCAUCUGCUGAUUAGACCACAACUAACGUAAUGUCUACAGUUUGAUCAACUUAGAAUUUAUUUUUUUUAUGUCGCUUAAACUUUUUUUUGUUUUUUUUUUCUCCAGGUGGGUUAAAUAAAUUGACUGAUUUUUUAUGGUUUGUGUGGUUAUGGUAACAUAAAGUAAUUAUCUUGAACUUCUCAACUGUAUCGAUCAUUUACUAAUAUUAUUAUUAACAAUAUUGAUUUUCAAGCAUAGUUUAUUAAAAAUGUCCAAUCACAAGUCCAUGCACCGAUUAUUUUUUCGUUCCUUUCGAAAUGGACUUGAAAGUUCUAUGUAUUUAAACUAUAGGUACUAGCAAGGUUUUUUAUAAAUAAAAAAGUUUUCCAAUCAAAUUAGGGACAAGUGUCAAAAACAAUAACCAAUAAUCUUAUAAAAUUCUUGUGUUGCAAUGUUGUCGCUCAAUUUGUUAAAAUUAGAGUGAAUAUUCAUUGUUCGGAUUCACACUAGUUUGUGAAAAAUCAAUUGGACCAUAGUAGUUUUUUCGCUGAUCAUGAAUCUGAAGUAUUAGCAUUUCACUUUACUUCCGGAGAUGCAGCCAUUCAAAAGUCGAAAAAUCGACUAUAUUUAAGGAGCUCAAUUUCGGUAGUAAAAACUCUCAAAAUGAUACCUUCGCACCAUAAAUGAUAAAAUCGCUUCAUCAAGGUUUUUGUAAUUAUUUUCUUGGUAAUAUCACGAAAGGUCAAAGUACAGAAAUGAAAAUUAUGUUUUCAAAUUUCGAAAAUUUCACUUAAUUUUCUAUGAUACGAAAUCUAACCUGCAACUUAAAAAAACAAAUAAUUUUUUGCAAAUUCAUUAGGAAUGCAUAUUUUCAUGUACGAGUUGUAUUGAAUGAUUGAGGCGUGGAUAAUUAUUAAUAUAUUUAUUCAAUAACACCAACAAACUGCACAACUCAUAUUACAUGUCACGUUCAUCGAGAUUUUUCCCUUGUAGGAAAAACAUCUCACUGUCAAUAUUAUAAGACCAAAGAACAAUUUUUUACUACUAACUCACAAAAUGAAUACUCAACUAAUGACACUUGAAUAACAAACAUAAAAUAUAAAUGUACUCGUUCUCAACAAGUUGCACUAUAGUUGAAUCUAUCUUUGGUUAGGUUAUAGGUUAGGUUUUGUUUCAUUAUCAAUUAUAUUUCUAAUAUAUUUGACGUCACAUUAAUUUUUAGUUUAUUGCCAGUAGACAACAAAAAGUCUCUUGUAUUAGUGUUAUUUAUUUUCAUAAACAGUUAUGCCUAUGGCAGUAUGUAGUUUGCUGUAAGAUAUACUAUUUUGAUAAAUUGAAUGUAAUGUAUGGAAUGGAACCUUCAAGUUUCCACUGGUGAAGCUACACGGUAGCUUUACCAGUGAAAAUUCCAUAAUUUUCAUCAUGGAAAUGGCAAGUGCAUAAAGAUUCGCAGCAUGCGAUCAUGAAAAAAGCAUCAACUUAUUCACCGGAAGUGAGUUCCAGAAUAAGAUGAUUUUUGUCUUUUUGACAGUGGCCAUAUCUUUGAAAGUAGAGACCAGAGCGCCAAGUUUUGAAUUAUGUUUAGUGAUCGAUUUGUUUUUAAACUAGCAAGAGCCCAAAAAAACUGAAUUUUACUGAAAUUGGUUCUGGAUAUAGAAUAACGUUUCUUUUUCAAAUGACUAGUUGGUCCUUAAGUAUAGAGUUAUACUUUGCAAUUAUGAUUCUUGCAGUGACACGUUCUUCCUGAUCCUUAUUUUUUUUACUGCCGUUAUUCAAAUUACAGUCAAUGAUUAGUUUCUAUUGAUGAUUUGUUGAUUUUAAAAAUUCACUGUAGGCAUACCAUGUAAUGAUAUCAGGACCUCCAUUGUUCUAUUUCUGUAUCAUAGUAUUUAAGAUAUGUUGGCAAUAUAAAUAUUUAAAAAUAUAUUCCAUCGUUAUACUGUAUAUAUUAUAAUUUUAUUUAUUCUUUGAUUCUAUCCAGAAAUUUUUUGAGUAGUGCCAAACUCUCGGGUAUUGCAAAUUUCAACCUAUUCACCUUUCUACUUGGCACUGAUUCUGCAUUUGCCUUAUACAAAUAUGUAACUAUAAGUAUUGAUAUAUUUAAUUAUUGAAUUGAUUUGUGGUGAUAUUUGUUUUUUAGUUUUAGGUUUCUGUCCAAUGAAUAGAUUUUAUUGUACUCAUUUAUUCAUAUUUUAACUGUAUAUAAAGAAAUGUAUGAACUAUCACAAAUAAAAUCUGCUAAAAAACUGU